UUUUAAGCUUCUUGCAUCACAGACCAACACACAUUUUAUGGAAAGCCAGCUACUGAGGCAAAGGUCCAUGCCACUCUUCAAGCUUCAGCAUCUGCAGUUGUCUGAUGUGUGUCAUUUUUCAACAUCUGGCUGAAAAUAGGCUGAGUUGAAGUGCGCACACAUCUGACAGAAACUGACACACAGUGAGCGCUCGGCCGUGUAACGAGGGUGAGUCUGAGAAUUUGAUAGUUCACAUUUGAGCGGUAACUGGUAACAAAUAACUUCCCUGCAUUGGUGCACUUUUGUUGCACUUUUAGAACAAUGUGGUGACGGGAAUACCUUGGCUUUUCUUCUGGUCAUUUGGUGAGAUUUUAGUUUUAGUUCUGCAUUGGUCAGAACCAAAGAAGCCUUUGCUUCCCAACCUAUCAUCAACAUCUUUCAGCUUUGUUUUCAUCAGUUGUCGUGAUUUUCUGCGUGUACCGUCACUGCAGUACUAUUUAUACUGAAUUAAGUUUCAACUAGCUAUAUUUCCCCUAAAAUAUCAGGCUGUUAAUGUCGCUAUGUUACUAAUUUCCACAACAAUUAAUUAUUGUAUGCUCCCCUUCACUCAGAUUCUAUCAAUGUGUCUUGUUUUGGAGGUGCAAGUUUCAUUUCAGCGCUGGUGGUUAGGAGGUGCUGCAAACAAGACACACUACACUGCCAUAAAGCAAAAAGAGAGCCUUUUUCAUUUGCCUGCUUAUCUUAUGUGCGUGGUAAAAUGUAUAAAUGUGCCCGAGGGGAAGGAAGCCUUCUGAUAGUAGGAGUGAUGUAUUACAUGAUAUGUUUGCCAGCAAACAAAUUUUAUUUAGAAGUAAAACAAAAAAUGAAUCAUGUCUAGACUGUAUAGUUAUAUAAAAUGAAAGAACUAUACUACUGUAUUUAGCCAGGUUUUUGGAUCAACAAAUCAGGCACUUGAUAUCCAUUCCAAAGGCAAAGAGGAGUUAAAUACUGUAUCCAGAUGACCAGGAUGUAACAGCUAAGAGAAACAGAUGUGCCACAGAGGCAAAUGUUGGAAACCGAGGAUGUUGUUGUCAGGAAAAGCAGGGCUUAUGCAAACUACACCUAAUCACACAGCGAUAUGCGCUAACACUGCAUGCCUGUUCAUCUCUUUCCAGAUCUCCACUUUCACCUGUUGUAGUGGCACUGCUCCAACUCUAUGAACAGUGGUGCAGCUGAAUCCUGAUUGAAUCAUGUCAGACUCUAUACUGGAAGAAGUCUUCAUUAAAAGAUCUCAACAGAAGAAGAAGACCUCACCUUUAAACUACAAAGAGAGAAUGUUUGUUCUCACAGCAGAAAAAAUAUCCUACUAUGACUUUGACACAGACAAAAUGCAGAAGCGAAAAGGUCUGAAAGGGUCAGUUGACCUAGAGAAGAUCAAGUGUGUAGAGAUAGUCCAGCCAGAGCCCAAUGCCCCACAAGAGCGCAUGUAUCCAUUCCAGGUCAUUUAUGAUGAAGGGCCACUGUAUAUAUUUUCUAAGACUGAAGACACCCGGGUUGCGUGGAUAAAGAAGCUCAAAGAAUUGGUGCGCUUCAACAGCGAUCUGAUGCAGAAGUACCAUCCAUGCUUCUGGGUUGAUGGGGUGUGGUUGUGCUGCCACCAGGAAGUUAAACAGGCCAUGGGUUGCAAAGUGCUUGAUAGUAAGAAUGGAGUGACAUCACAGCUAUCUCGAAGGUCAACAAGGAAGCCGCUUCCUCCAACCCCAGCAGAGAAAAAGCCUACUCGUCCUUUACCUCCACAGCCUCCUGACCCACCAGCGCCCUCUGCAGGCAUGACUGUUGUAGCUGAGUACAGUUACACACCCAUGACACCACAAGACCUGGAGCUAAGGAAGGAUGAGGAGUACACCAUCCUGGAAAAGUCCGAUGCAAACUGGUGGAGAGCUCGAGACAAAUAUGGAAAAGAGGGUUAUAUACCAAGCAAUUAUGUUGUAGAAGCUGAAGAUGGGCUAGAAAGAUUCGACUGGUAUUGCAAGAAUAUGAACCGUAGUCAAGCAGAAAAACUGUUAAAGGCUGAGAACAAAGAUGGAGGCUUCUUGGUGCGGGACUCCAGCAAGGCUGGGAAAUACACUGUGUCUCUGCUCACAAGGGGUGGCGGGGAAGCUGUUGGAAGCUGCCGACAUUAUAACAUCUGCACCACCCAGCAGAGCCAGUAUUACUUGGCAGAAAAGCAUAAUUUUAACACCAUCGCAGAGCUCAUCAACUAUCACCAGCACAACGCAGCAGGCAUGGUUAGCAGACUGAAACACAUCGUAUCUAACCGGGCACGGCCCCCAUCCACAGCAGGCCUUGGUUAUGGUGUGUGGGAGAUUGACCCACGCUACCUCACCUUCAUCAAGGAGUUGGGAUCUGGACAAUUUGGAGUGGUGAAGUAUGGGAAGUGGCAGGGACAGCAUGAUGUGGCCAUUAAAAUGAUUAAAGAGGGCUCCAUGUCAGAAGAUGAUUUCAUAGAAGAAGCAAAAAUCAUGAUGAAGCUUCGCCAUGAGAACCUGGUCCAGCUCUAUGGCGUGUGCACCAAACAAAGGCCUAUUUAUAUAGUGACCGAGUACCUUGCAAACGGCUGCCUCCUCACAUACCUCAAGGAGGGCCUGAAGCAGCACCCAACAAGCAUCCAGCUGCUAGAGAUGUGUAAAGAUGUCGCUGAGGGCAUGGCCUACCUCGAGUCACACCAGUACAUCCACAGAGACCUGGCUGCCAGGAACUGUUUAGUAGAUGGAAAUGGCACUGUCAAAGUGACUGACUUUGGGCUAUCAAGGUAUGUUUUAGAUGAUGAAUACACAAGCUCGGUUGGCUCAAAGUUCCCUGUCCGCUGGUCGCCACCCGAAGUCCUUCUUUACUGCAAAUUCAGCAGUAAGUCUGACAUCUGGGCAUAUGGGGUUUUAAUGUGGGAGGUGUACACUCUGGGACGGCUUCCUUAUGAGCGCCUCAACAACACGGAAAUAGUGGACCAGGUGUCCCGGGGCCUGCGCCUCUUUCGCCCCCAGUUGGCCAACGAAAGAGUUUACAGCAUUAUGUCAAGCUGCUGGCUUGAUAAAGCAGAGGAGAGACCAAACUUUCAGGAGCUGGCGCUGACUGUUCAGGAUCUGCUAUAUGAGCUCCAGUAGGACUCGGAAAAAUGUAUCAGCACAAAACAUCGACAGUUCACUCAGAAGCCCACAGAGUCGUAUCUUCAGAUGCCCCUGGAAAGAUAACAGUCAGUGAAAGUAACAGCACAGCGAAGUCCUCUGAAAUGUGAAUAUGUGUACUGUGAAUAUCACUGUUGCUCACUGAUUAUACUAUCCUUUCCAUCCCAUAAGUAGAAGUACAUUCCUAUAGAGUAGCAUUUCAAUUGUGUACAUUUUAUUAAAGAGCACCGGAUUGAGUUUGUAUGUAUGUAGUGAAUUUUGUGAAAUAUUUGUUGAAUGUGUAAACAUCUUUGCAAGUCUAAACAAGCUUUGUACGCGCAUAUGUAUUGCACAAAUAAAAGCCAAGUAUACCAGG